UUGAAGACCAGUAUCAUUCAACUGUUCAAUCUACAAUCAUGAAGUUCCUAGUACUGUCUUGUGUUGUGAUCGGAGCUCUCGCUGAGCUGCCUCGCUUCAGACCUGCGAGGUUCAGGUUCCAGCGACAGGAAUUGGCUCCGACAACCACUGACUCACCAACGGAACCUACCACGGAAGCUUCAGGACCUUACCCAGCAUCUGGGUGGAAACCGGCUGGAGAACCAUUCACUCUACCCAAUGAAGAGCCUCCAGCGAAGCCAGCUGAUCAAUACGGAGCUCCUGCUGACCAAUACGGAGCCCCUGAUGAAGGAUACCCCGCUUCUGGCUGGAAGCCUCAAGGACAAGCAUUCGAGCUACCUAAGCAGACACCACCAGCGACCAGCUACGGCGUUCCAGACAACACCUAUGGAGUUCCUGAUUCUACUGAAGUGCCAACUACUGAUAACCCUCAGGCUGAAAGGUUAGAAGGUCCAGUUGAAGUUCAGAAGAGUGUUGGCACCUACUUCGUGCUUCUCCCUGAUGGUAGACUGCAGAAGGUGGAGUUUGUGACUGAGAAUGAUGUUCAGAAUAUGAAGUACUCGGCCAGACUGCAGCUUCGGAAGCCUGCGCCCCUACUCGUGUUCAGACCUUAAAUUGUGAUGAUUAUAAUGUUGUAUAUUAAUAAAUUGUGUACCUAUAUAAA